UGAAAAAACUAUUAUAUAUCGAAAAAUUUAAUUACGUAACAGUUUAAUUAACAAAAAUAAAUAAAUAAUAAAAAUGAAUCUAUUUAAACGUGGAAUGAUAUUUGUGACAUUCUUUGGUUCAUGCUUUGCAAUCGCAUUGCUAUUGGCCAGUUUGGGUACACGACAAUGGUUAGUGGCACGCGCAAAAUCAUCCAAAAAUCCAGAUUCAGAUGGACGUGUACAGUUAGGUUUAUUCGAUGGGAAAAAAGAAUUAAAUGUUGCAUAUGGAUGGAGGACGGAUAAUUUUACUGUGAUAACAAUCCUCCGAGAAGAUCCUGAUUAUAUGGUGUUUAGUUUAUGGUUGGCUACGGUCGGUACCGUUUGUGGUGGGUUAUUAUUUGCUGGUCUUUCAGCUAUAUUUGCCGUUAUUAAUACUGCAUCGAAUCCAAUAUGUACGAUGGCCAGUGUACCUGGUUUAUAUUUAUGGAAUACAUUAGCCAUGUUAUCAGAUUUAAGUGCAGUUGGAUGUUGGAUAGCACAAUAUUAUUUAAAAUUACAAUACAAUGUUAUGACAAAAGAGGAUAAAAAUUUAAUGUGGACAUCAGAUGGUAUGGCUGAAUUUGGAUACUCAUUUUGGUUUGUAGUGGGAGCCAGUAUAGUAUCAUUUGUGAACUUAUUAAUCAUAUAUAUCGGAACAAGUGAUACUCGUGAAAUUGAACCUGUUAUACCUGUAAUUGAGGAAAAAACAAAUGGUGCGAUUAUGUUAUAUUAACAAAACGAUUCGUUAUUUAUUGUGAUGUGUAAAAUAAAAAGGACAAAUUUUUAAUGUGAAGUGCUGUAUAUAUAAUUUUUAGUAAUUUUUAAGAGAACAAUUAUUUUUAGAUUUUAAAAAUAUUUUUGUAUUAUUUUGUUAAAUAAUCAUCA